AUGACAGAAGCAGCGUUAUCGACAUCGCAACCUCAGCUCAGCUCGAUCCUUUCUUCCUACAAAUCAUUGGACCUCCCUUCCCUCCAAUCGCACCUCACGCAGCUCGUCACCCCGCUCACUAGCCUGCAGACGUCUUCAUUGCAAUCGCGCAAGAAGCUCGCAGAGGAGACGCGCAGCUGGAAGAAGCUCGACACCGAUGCGGCAAAGAUUGAUGGAUUCAAGCCGCUUCUGAAGCUUUACCAGGGGGAAGUCGAUGAAUUGACAAAGAGGGCACGAGAGGCCGAGGGAGGAGUGACGAGGGUCGAGGAGAGGUUGAGGGGCAUCGAGGAUCCCGCUAAUGUCGUCGAGAAAUUGAUCGACCAAUUCGCCAACCACCCAGACCUCGCUGCGCUGCGCAGCCAAGUCGCCUCGCUACGCACCGAGAAUGCCUCCCUUCAAUCACGCCUUACCUCGCUACCCCAACUCGAGGAAGAGCGCUCCCGACUCACAUCACGCGUCUUGUCACUCGACCACCGCCUCGAGGAGCAGCGCAGCGCAGUAGAAGCAGAGACGGCUGCCCGCUUUUCGGAACGACUGGACAACGCAAAAGCGCGGGAGGUGGAGCUGGAGAAGCAGCUCGAGGGGUUGCGGGCGAGCCAUGAAGCUGCGCAGAAACGGCUCUUGGCGAGCGCAACAGACUAUGUAGCGGCUGCGGCAGCUCCGAGCGGUGGUGCAUCGGCAGCAGAGGUGGAGAUGCUGUCCGCUGACUUGCAGAGAGCCCAGCAGCGUGUGGCUGCGGUCGAGAGACGCAAUGAGCAGCUGAGAGAAGAGGUGGAGAAGGUCAAGGCUGGGGACGCCGAUGACAAGAGGGUUGCCGACCUGGAGCGCAGAUUGAGUGAGGAGCAAGAGGGGAGGGCGAGGCUGCAGGCUGAGCUUGAUGGGGCCGCAGAGAAGGAGCGUGCAUCGCUGGCGUCGGCGGAGGAGGGGCUUGGCCAGGUUCGACGUACCCUCAAGGAGCGCAACGACGAGUUGGCCACGCUUCGCCAGAAGCUCGACAGCAUGGCAGACUAUGGCGAGAUCAAGCGCGAGCUCGAAAUAAUGCGGCUCGUGGAGUUCAGCAGCGGUUUGGACGAGGAGGAGGACGACAAUUCCGCCGUCAGGAGUAAGGCGAAACCCCUCGAGGCGCUCCUCAUGGAGAAGAACAAGAAGCUUCAAGACGACCUGGCAACUCUCCGCGUUAAGCACCACGAGCUUGAGCAGGGAAGCGCAACCUCGACCAGCGAGGUACCGAACCUGCGUGAGGAGGUCAAGAGGUUGACAGCGCUCAAUGAGAGAUUGGAGGCGGACCUGAUGGCGGUGGGCGGUGCGAGUGAGAGCAAGUCGGCGGCUGCUCCUCAGAAGCCGGCGGGCAGCAAAACGCAGAGCGCUGAGGAAAUGUUGGAGGAGAUGGGGCGUAUCGAGAAGGGGGAGCUUGACUUCAAGGCGGGCAAAGCCGCCCAGCCUCAAGCGAACGGCAGCACGGCAGCGACGACGAGCGCAUCCUCGUCAGCACCAGCCCGCAACGUCGUCUCGACAUCGACACCGGCCUCCUCGUCAUCGUCGGAAAGUGUUCUACCCAUCAUCGUCUCACAGCGCGACCGUUUCCGCGCCCGUAACGCCGAGUUGGAGGAGGAGCUCCGCAAGCAAUUCGACGUAGUAACACAACUGCGCAGCGAUGUCAAGGGACUGCAGGCGGACAAUCUCGCCCUCUACGAGAAGGUGCGCUACCUCCAAAGCUACGGCGGGAGUGGGUCAAGCGCCGCUUCCAUGGUCACGGCCGUACCUGCAAGGACGGAUGCGUCGGGCGCGUAUCCGCCGCAAAGAUCCUACCAACAGGAGCGAGGCGGCCUCAUUCCAUCUAGCAUUGCGUCCGGCUCAUCAACUCCGCACCCGGAAGACAAGUACCGUCGGCGCUACGAAGCUAGCAUGAAUCCAUUCGAAGCGUUCCGCGGUCGAGAGCAACGUAGCGCUCUGGCGCGGCUGAACCCGCUGGAGAGGUUGCUACACGCUGCUGCUACCGUGCUGGUGAAAGAUAGGAGAGCAAGAAUCGCGGCAGUGCUCUACGCUGCUGGAAUGCAUCUGCUCAUCUUCUUUGUCAUGGUCGAGUACACGUUCAGCGGACAUCAAGUCAGCGCGGCGGGGUAUCACAAUGCGAUGUCAGGAGGGGGGCCGGCGCCUAUGGAGCCUGUGCCAGGGAGACAAUGA